AUGACGGGCGAAACCCUCCGACCGGGCCAGGCUGACCUCCCCUCGGCCAAGAGCACCGCAUCCUACUGGCACCGCGAGCCCUCCGAGGCGCUCCUCGGCCACAGGACCACCAAGGCGCUGCCCCCGACCGCGGACGUCGUCGUCGUUGGCAGCGGCAUCACGGGCGCCUUCGCCACCAAGGAACUGCUAGAACAGCAGGCGGGGAGCGGGACGGAGACCGUGCUUCUGCUCGAAGCGAGGGAGGUUUGCUGGGGCGCCACGGGGCGGAAUGGGGGCCACUGCCAACCGAUAGCCUACAACCCCAACACCGCCAUCGCCGACUUCGAGCUCCGCAACUACGCCCACCUCGCCGACUUCGUCGCCGCCAACGCCGUCCCGUGCGACUGGCUGCCCCUCCGCGGCGUCCACGCCCUCCUCACCCCGGACCUCGUCGCCGCCGCCGAGAAGCAGAUCGCCGCGCUGCCGCCACACCUCGCGGGCCUCGCGAGGCUGGUCACCGACCCGGGGGAGCUGAGGACCCUAAGGGUCCCCGACGCGGCGGGGGCCGUCGUGCAGGAGAGGGCGGCGAGCGUGUGGCCGUACAGGCUCGUCACGUGGAUCUUUGAAGACCUCCUGCGCCGCUUCGGCCCCGGGUCGCGCGCCGAGACGCAAUCCAAGGCCAGGCGGCUCAACAUCCAAACAAACACCCCCGUCACCCGCCUCCAGCACCUGCCCGGCUCCUCCUCCGCCUCCCCCGGCGAGGCCUCGUGGGUCGUCCACACGGACCGCGGGCAGGUGGCCGCGAAAAAGGUCCUCCUGGCGUCCAACGCCUACACGAGCCGCCUGCUGCCCUCCUUCGCGGACCUGAUCGUCCCCGUCCGCGGGCAGGUGGCCGCGCUCCUGCCCGAGCCCCGCGCCGAGCUGGGGCGGAGCUACGUCUUCAUGGCCAGCUCCGACGCCUCCAAGGGCGAGCCGAACCAGGACGACUACCUGAUCCAGCGGCCCAGUCCGGGGUUGGAGAUGAUACUCGGCGGCGGGCGCGCGCGCGGCGCGCUGAGGGGCGUGGGCGUCUCGGACGAUGACGAGAUCGACCCCGUCGUCGCCGCGUACCUGCGUCGCGCAGGAGCGGCGAACGUCGAACUGGGGGACGGGGAGAAGAAGGAGGAGCUGAGGGCGAGUUACGAGUGGACGGGCAUCAUGGCCUUCUCGCGCGACGGACGGCCGUGGGUCGGCCCCGUACCGUCGGGCUCCGCCCUCGGUGGCGGGGAAGGGUUGUGGGUCUGCGCCGGGUACACGGGGCACGGGAUGCCGCAGGCGGCGUUGUGCGGGCGUGCGGUGGCCGGGAUGAUGGCCGGGUCGCAGGGGGCCGGCAAGGAUGCGGUGGACGUCCCGGCCGAGUUCCUGGUCAGCGACGAGAGGGCCGCCAAGGCUAGGGCCCUGCCCUCGAUCAAGGAGAUGGAUGAAUUGGACAUGUUCCUGUUGUAG